AAGAGCUUGUCCUUCUGGGACAGGCUGUGCAGCAGCAGCACCGUGUCCCGCAGACACCGCACUGUCCGCUUCUGCUGGUCUGUUCUCGGGGGCCCCCCUGCCCUCCGCACCGUCAGCCACUGUCUGUGCAGCAUCACUCAACCCUACCAGGAGGUGUCAUCAUUAACUCUGUUUUACAUCUGGGAAACCUGAGGCACAGAGGUUAAGGGACUCGCCCAAAUUAUACAAGCCAGUAAGCAGUGUGACUGGACUCACAGCCAGGCUGGUGGGCUCUGCUGCCUGGUCGUAACACUACCCUGUAACUGCUCCUGAAGUUGCUAGACGCCAAAAAUAAAGCGGUAGCACUCCCUCAGUCUGGACUCGCUGUACAAACUCAAGGCUGGGCUGUGAAAGGAGCCCACGUUCCUGCCUACUAGCCGUGUUUCUGGAUUUUUUGACAUCCCAUCUAAUCUGGCGACCUUAUGAACAUCUGUAAAAAACAGUUCCCAUAUACUGUUCAGGACCCAACAUUUUCCCACUUUUGCCAGACAAUGCUGAAAGGAAUCACUCUUGAAAGCAAAUUAGAGAAAGAUCUAGUACGCAAUAUAGGCAUUUUCCAACAUAAGAACAUGAUUCAAACUCAUAAAUGAUCUUUAUGAAAUAACAGAUCCUGCCACCCUCUCCACAUUCCCCACCCAAUUUUAAGAGUCUCAUCUAAAGGCGGAAAGGUGCUAUGGGAAUCUGACUGGUCAGAACUCAGUGAUCUGUUAUUCAACAAUAUUUACUAAGCACCUAUAAUAUGCUAGGCACAGUUUAGCCUCUAAAGAAAGGUACAAUGGUGAGCAAAAUGCAUACAGUCCUUACACUCAUGGAGCUUACAGGGCUUCAAAAAUAAUCACAUGAGUAAAUGUAAAAUUACAACUGUGAAAAGAGCUGCAGAGAAAAAGAAAUACAGGAAAGCCUGUAAUAAGGGACUUGAGUGAUUAGAAGGCUUCCCUAGGGAAGUGAUGACUGAACUGAGAGCUGAAGAACAAGCGGGAAUUAACCAGAUCUCCCAAUGACCGGGUGCAGCCCUGUGAUCGCCAUGCAGCACCUUGUGGGUGUGUCCCCCGUAUUGAUGCGGAGAGGCCUCCUUGGAAGGGACCUCCCUAUGACCAGGACUCUCUGCAGCCCAGGCCCCAGCCAGCCCAGAGAGAAAAGACCUGAGGAGGUGGCCCUCGGGCUGUACCACCGCUUCACAGCGCUGGGAGGAGCCCUGGGGCACAGCAUUCAGCAACGAGCAUCCUCCACAGCCAAGACUUGGUGGGAUAGAUAUGAAGAGUUUGUUGGACUCAAUGAAGUUCGAGAGGCCCAGGGAAACGUGACUGAGGCAGAAAAAGUGUUCAUGGUGGCUCGAGGGCUUGUCCGAGAGGCUCAGGAGGACUUGGAAGGUCAGCAGGCCAAGCUGAAGGAGGUGCGGGACCGUUUGGAUCGAAUCUCCAGAGAUGAUAACCAGUACCUGGAACUGGCUACUCUGGAGCACAGGAUGCUGCAGGAGGAGAAGAAGCUUCGCGUGAGCUAUCUGCGUGCCGAAGACUCUGAGCGAGAGAAGUUCUCCCUCUUCUCUGCGGCUGUGCGGGAAAGUCAUGAGAAGGAGCGUGCUCGGGCCGAGAGGACCAAGAAUUGGUCCCUUAUCGGGUCAGUCCUGGGGGCCCUGAUUGGCGUGGCUGGCUCCACCUACGUCAACCGUGUGCGGCUGCAGGAGCUGAAGUCCUUGCUUCUGGAGGCUCAGAAAGGGCCUGUGAGCCUCCAGGAGGCCAUCCGAGAACAGGCAUCCAGCUACUCCCUCCAGCAGAAGGACCUCCACGACCUUAUGGUGGACCUGAGGGGCCUGGUGCGAGCUGGGCCUGGGCAGAGCUCUUUGUCCCAGGCAGGUACUUCCCCCACCCAAGACAGAGACGUAGAUGUCCUUUCAGCUGCCUUGAAAGAGCAGCUUAGCCAUUCCAAGCAGGUCCAUUCAUGUCUAGAGGUUUUACGAGAGCGGCUUGAUGGCCUGGAAAAGACUUUGAGCCAAAUGGCUGGGGUGGUUCAGCUUGCAAACGCUGCAGCACACCCAGGCCUGGAGGAGCCAGGAGACGGGGCUCUGCCCGGCUCCUUGCUGGAACGGGGGCGCAUGAUCUUGGCACUGUCGGACAUGGAGCAGAGGCUAGAAGCCCAGGUCAACAGAAACACCAUCUGUGGCACGCUGGUCACCUGUGUGACAUUUGUGGCCAUCCUGCCUAUGCUUUACAUGCUGUUCGGGGACAGCUAGCCCCUGGACCCUCCUCCAGAGGGUCUGAGGGAAUAGGUAAAGGUGUGGAUUUUGUUAGAGAAUCCCGCAAUGAAGUGAGCCUUUGCAGGUGCACUCAGCCUCAGCCUGAGUCUGAGCGCUGUCUGUGUGGCUCACUAGCAGACAAACUUUGCUUUUUAGGCAACAAUCAUUUGCAUUAACUAUCACAAAUUUGUGCUAAUGUCUAAUGAAAAUGUCUUCGAGUUUGUAUUAUUUAAAGUAACUUAUCAGACUGA